AUGAACCAUCCACAAAUAGAGACCUUUCCAUCAGGACAGAUACUCACAGUAGGUUCUCAUCAUGCGAAAGUGAUAAAAUAUCUAACUAGCGGUGGUUACGCACAAGUUUAUAAAGUAGAAAUAUCCCCAUCGGAUCCUUACAUAAACUCUAAUAUUGCAUGUCUUAAACGAGUCAUCGUUCCCGAUAAGCCAAGUUUGAAUACAUUAAGAGCUGAGGUGGAUGCUAUGAAAUUGUUGAAAAACAACCGUCAUGUUGUUUCAUACAUUGAUUCACAUGCUUCAAAAUCUGCUAUAUAUAAUGGUGCAUAUGAAGUAUUCGUGUUGAUGGAAUUCUGUGAAAGAGGUGGCUUAAUUGAUUUCAUGAAUUCAAGGUUGCAACAUAGAUUGACUGAGGCGGAAAUCCUUACUAUUAUGAGCCAUACAAGUCAAGGUAUCGCUGCAAUGCAUAGAUUACAGCCUGCGCUUUUGCAUCGUGAUAUUAAGAUUGAAAAUGUCUUAAUCUCGCAAAAUAAUGAAUAUAAAGUUUGUGAUUUUGGAUCAGUUUGUGGAAUAGUUAGACCACCAAAGAAUCAACAAGAAUUUAAUUUUGUUUACCACGAUAUUAUGAAGAAUACAACUGCUCAGUACAGGUCCCCGGAAAUGUUAGACCUUUCAAAAGGUCUCCCAAUCAAUGAAAAAUCAGAUAUAUGGGCUUUGGGAGUCUUUCUUUACAAACUUUGUUAUUACACAACACCUUUCGAAAAAAAUGGAGGAGAAGCUGCUAUUUUACAAGCCAGGUUUCAAUAUCCUUCUUACCCAAUGUAUAGUGAUAGACUUAAAAAUUUAAUCAGAGUCAUGCUAUCGAAAAAUCCAAGCGAUAGACCCAAUGUAUGUCAAGUAUUAGAAGAAGUGUCAAGGUUACAGGGUAUUCCAUGCCCUAUCAGAAACUUUUAUCUGUUAAGGGCGAUGGAAAACAACAAAAGAACAAUAGAACAACCUGUGCAAAAUGUUUAUAUGCCUACUACCUUAUCACAACCUAGUACACAAAUGAAUCUAGCAAGUCUUAAUGACACUCUACCAACAGCAGCAUUAAAAUUCAACCAAACUACAAUCCCACCUACAAAUCAGCACUCACCACAUUUAUUGCAUACACAAACAUUGCCCCUUCCAACUAAUGACCAUCCUGUAGCGAUUUCACAUGUCCAAGAUAAAAUUUCCCCUCAUGAGUUACUGAAAAAAUCUUCUAAAUCAUUGGGCUCUACCGGUACAUCAAAUAAGAAUGUCAUAGACACAUCGGCUCCAGAUCAUUUCACCAAAUUACUGCAUGCUUCAAAAAAUACCGAUCUAUCUUAUCAACCAGUUACAGUACCGACUUCUUCAAGCCUUUAUAACUUACCAAGAGCUAACUUAUCAUCAAGUCCACAAAAAAGCUGGAAAAGUAUAAAUGAUAAUUAUGAUGUUAGCAAACGUCCAACGAACUACGUAGAUGAAGAGACACAAACUUAUACUGGCCAGUCUACUUUCCUUCGCAGGACAAGUUCUAAUAGAUCCAAUAGGUCGAUAAGCUCGCAAUAUAGUGGUGUUCAGGAAAACACAACGGGAAGUAGUCUUGUAAGAAAAUUGAGUGUCAAAUUGAAAAAUGUGUUGACUGGCGAAUCCAUCAAAUCAAGACAGAAUACGGGAGAUAGUAUCAGAUCAGCCAUGAAUUCAAUAAGAAGUGGAUUCACAGGUAAUAAUAACAACACGAGAUCAGCUUCUUAUGAUAAUGGGAAACGGUUGUCGUCAGUAAAUUUACAUAUGCAUUCAGCAAUAUUAGAGCAGGAUGAUUCCGAUGAAUUUGAGAUGCCAAGGUAUAAUAGUGUGUCUUCCAACACUUUGAAAGACGUUGAAGAGCACGAACGUAGAACUGUAAAUACAAGUUCCAGGGAAUAUUAUAGAUCACAGUCUCCAGUGAGAAUGUCGGUCAAUAGAGAAAUGAAAAAUUCUAUUCAAAAGCGUGUCCAAGAUUUAUUGAAAAAUGCAGAGGAAAAUACUACUGCUACCGUGAGGACGGCAUCAGGCUACGGUAAAUAUACUGAUUACAAUAAAAAUAAAGAUGAGAUCUCCCCAACGAAGUCCAGGGUUGCUCAAUUUAAUCAGUCAACUGCUGCUUUGGCAUCCUUGUCAGGGAAACGGAAAAAACCACCUGUCCCGUAUAAAAGAGAUUCUCUUAAACCAACACCACCUGCAAAACCUGCCUUUUUAUCAUCUAGACCAGUUGCAUCCAGCAGAGUUUCGAGCAAUGCCACUGACAUGUUGGUUGAUCUUAGUGUUGACGACAUAGAAAAAGAUAUUAGAAGGAGGUUUCCGAGUACUGUUGGUUGA